GAGGGAAGUUCAAGCUUCAGGUCGUCAGUGGGAAAGUAUUAUAUAAGCGGCACGUUAAUGCCGGUUGUCCGUCCUUCUCUUCCUAUUUGCCGCGCUUGCAGGAAUGGCUCACUCGUUGUCUCCAGAAUGUACGCCAUUGAAGCACGAGUAUGAUGCGUGCUUCAAUACUUGGUUUGAGGGCUACCUCGAACCGGCUAUUUCGAAUGCCAAUACCAAGGGACAUCCACAAGGUCAAAGAAUCGAGUACUCAAAGCAAAAGAAGGAAGAGUACGACCGCAAAUGUGGGAGUAUCUGGGCGAGGUACAAAGAUUGCGUGCAGAAAGCUGUUACAGAGAAAGGUUUGGGCGAGUUACUUGGCCAAGCACGGCAAGAGAACCCGCUUCGCGAACCUCCG